AUCUCUCUCGCUCUCUCUCUCUCUCUCUCUCUCCCUCUCUCUCUCUCUGAUCCUGAUCCUGGUUCCUGCUCGGUCGCGGUCGCGGCUUCAUCGCCAGCGGUGUGUGUUCAGGUGGAUUCUGUCUCCGUCUCCGUCUCUGUCUCUGCCUGGAAACCGAAUCCAUCCUCGGUGUUUCCACCCUCCAUCUCCGGCGGAAAAACCACCGUCUCUCAGCGUCGCUGGGUUACGACCAUCAUCAUCAUCAUCAUCAUCAUCAUCAUCCGCAGAUUCCGGCUCUCCCCUCGCUCUCAGUCCGCCUUAUCAGCCUUCAGACCGGGAGAGAAGAUGAAGAGAGGAGGGGGAGAAGGACACCGGGGAUCAAGUGAUGCACAGAUGUGGAGUUUGGUGAAGACAUGAGCGCAUCCCACAGGUUUCCAUGGAGACCUCAUUCGACGCCGUAGAGCUCCGGGAGCUGAGGGGCGGAGCAGACCGGCGAGGUGCGUGUCAGACGUCGGCCACAGUGAGCUGCGCCGCCCACGGCUUUGAAAACGCGUCCUUCCAGCAGGACGAAGAGCAAAUCCACCAGCAGGAGGCGACAGAGUCGGCGAUCUGUCAGCCCUCAACUUCAAGCAGCAACAAGCAGCAGCAUCGCGAGCUCUGUCCUCAGUCGUACGACGAGGAGGACGGCGUCGGCAGCGGCGAGCACGAGGAUGGACAGGACUUCACCGAGCGGAAUCCUCCCGAAGACCACUCUGCCGACUACGGCUUCAUCUUCGCCCUGGUGUUCCUGGUGGGCGGGAUCGUCCUGGUCGUCAUCGCCUACACCAUCCCCAGAGAGGCCAAAGUCGACCCGGACUCGGUGUCGGCUCGCCAGAUGGAGAAGCUGGAGAUGUACUACGCCGAGCUGGGCGCACACCUGGACAAGUGCAUCAUCGCCGGUCUGGGCCUGCUGACGCUGGGCGGGAUGUUCCUGUCCGUGCUGCUCAUGGUUUCCAUCUGCCGGGGGGAGAUGUACCGCCGCAGGGUGGCGUUUGUUCGACCCAAGAGGACGUACGGCUCCGUCAAUCUGAGGCUGAAGCAGCUGGCGACGGGAGAGGCAGGUGGAGCUGAGGCCGGGGGUGAGGAGCUUUUGGUGGAACAAGCACAGAAUGGAAAUAACGUACAAUCGGGGCCGAGCUGUGACUCAAAAUCAGAAUCACAACCAGGACCAAGCAGACUCCUCCCCACUGCGGCUGCUUCCUCCUCUUCUUCAGCUGCACUCGGAGUCAUUUAGCAGAGUUCUGCGGUUUCACCUUCCUCUGUGUUAGCGCUCUGUGGCAGAAUGGGGACGUGCAGGUCCUCCAUCUGUGCUGACAGGAGAAGCUCAAGGCGACCCGGCUUUAACCCCCGCGUACGUAAAGUGGGUUCAUGGGUUAUUUAUUCUAAUCGAUCUAAUCGAAGGGAUGUUUGAAUUAGUUUGACAGAGGAGGGGUCGAUGAAGUAGAAGACGAGAGGUAAACCUGCGGCCGAGUGAAUUAGAGUUCCUGUACAAAAUCCUAGUAUGUUUUUCAGAAAAGCACAGAGUGUCCCCCACGUCCCCGCGUCCCCACGUCCCCGUGUCCCUGCGUCCCCGCGUCCCCCGAAUCCAUGGUGACCACAUUUGAGGUGGAAAUUUCCUUCAAGUUCAAGAGUGGUAACAUUUAGCUAACACUAAUGGCACUUUUCCUUUAUACAGUUACAGUUCUACACACCUCUACACAACUCUACACACCUCUACACACCUGGUUCACAGCAUCGAUCAGUACUUCCUGCAUGACUGGAGCACAGACUCCGUCUGAAAUACCACUGAACGUGGUCGUGACUGGGCUCACGAUCGCCUGAUCUCAGCAGUGCUAACGCUAAUUACACCAGACUCUGUUAAAUAUUGAGAUGUUAGACAUUUCCUUUGCUAAACUUUGGAGAUUAACGCGUGUUUUCAGGAUUUUUAAGUCUUUUUAACUGAGAGACCAGUUCGACAUUGUUGGAUUCUUGUGUCGGAGGUCGUGCUCAUGACUCUUCCAGUGACGACACUCUCUGACCAAUCAGUGUCCGGCAAUCUGUCAACAACAAAGCAAAACAAACGAGUCAAGUGCAGCUCUGCUAGAACUGUAUAAUGGAAAAGCGGCGUAAGAUCUGAGGUCAUUUUUUUGGGUCACUUCUGAUUAUGUUGAGUGACAGUUCGACGCCUUCCUGUUACACUGCACUCCAAAGACGCCGCUACGUGAUUCUGAAAAGUUACUUACAGAUAAUUGGCGUUGCUGUAGCCUAGCGACAGUGUCCUCUUGACUUUACCUUCUGAACGUGAAGCGUGUCACGUUCAAAACCAGUUCCCCGUCUGAUAAACACGAGGCCCAUUUGAAAGCACGACAAGAUUAAUUCUCCAGUGUCGUUUCCUUCGUCACCGAAAGUAAACGCUGACACGUUUCAAAUCCCAAUAAUCACAAGAUGAACAGUAAACACAGUCGUAUCCGACACGGCAGAGAGUAAGAGUUUAUGACUUCAUGAAAAACACAGUGUGAUGGAAAGUCAACAUUUGUUCAAAUGAAUAUUUCAUUCCACUGUGACAUUUACAGUAUACGCUCACCAACAGCACCAGUGAGAAAUGGAGCUCAUUAGCUCGUUAGCUAUUUAGCUUCUUCUCCUUGACCGAGCUUCACGGCUGUAAUUAGACAUACGGAUUCACACAGAGACUUAAAUUCUCAUGUGGUUUUCAGUGCAACUCUUCUUGUCAUAUCAAUGUUGUAUUCUUAAAUAAAUCAUUAGAAAUUUCAAUUUAAAAUCUUAUCGUAAAAUCUGAAAACCGUAAAAGAAAAAUAUCAUGUUAUUUUCCUAAAUUAGUUUGAUCUUAAAAGAUUUUUACUGUAUUAAAUAGCAAAGACCCCUUUUUUUCCAAAUUGACAAAUUCAUGUCAAAACAAGAAAAAAUCUACAUUAUCAUGUUCACGGCUUUAUUUCGCCACUGGACAGACUUUUCCGACAGGAAAAUUGAAGUUUGUGACAGUUUGUGAACCUCUCACUCUCCUGCACCAAAGUCCAUUGAGAAAACCAUCACUUUUUACAUCACAGGACACAGGAGUUGUUGAUCCACUGCUGCCUCCACCAGUAAGUUCAAAUGUUUGAAAUCCUUUGUUUGGAUUUACCACAGUGACACAAACUGACCACACGAGGCAGCAGUAGACCAGCUUGUGUCCCAUUGAUCUAAAAAUGGUGAUUUUCUCGAUGGAAUUUGGUGCAGGAGAGUGAGUGGUUUAUAUCCUUCAGGUUACCGAUGCAAUGCAAGGUUAUGUUCAAAUUUUUGCUUAACUGAACGUAAAUGUUUGAUAUUUUAAAGUGCGGCAGCAAAAUGGGCUUUUAUUCACCACGAAGGACAAACAUUAAUGCAGAGACAGGAAGGAAUGAUUUCACUGUGGUGAUAGACUGAGAGGUGCUGGAGACAAAUGAAUCACUGCUGAGUUAAAGGGUGUCAAAAAUGACCCAGAAACCAUCUGCAUUGUCAGUCGAACAACUCGAAUGUCAUUUUCAAGCCAUUUGUAGGCGAUUAUUUUUCACCAACAUGUGGUUUUAAAAACAAUUUUGCCGACUGUUCUGGGAAACAACGGUUUAGUUUGUGUUUAAAGUCUCGCAGCAACAGUGAGAAUAAGAGACACAUUUAGACCAGGAAGUCUGUGAAGUGGAGGUGCGAAAGUUUUUCUUUUUCAACGUAUGAACUGUUGCUAUAAAUGAAUCCGACAAAAACAUCAGCAUCAUGUCACGUAUUCACUGUCUCAUACAGUGAACAAAAGGUGUUGCCUCGUGUUUGCUCAUUAGCAGCGUCUGCUAGCAU